CGCUGGGGCAGGGGAAGUCGGAGUGGGGUAAACUGACUGUUAACAAUCGGGGGGCGAUGAGCGAGUGGUGGUAGCAGCCGGCAGUGUCGGGAGAGCGAUGUAGGCGGUGUGUGUGGUGCCCCCCGCUGGGUGAUCUGCAGAAAGACAUGCAGAGGUUUGAAUAUUUAACGAUGAACAUCUAUAACAAGCCGUUACUCCUCGGGCCUGAGGUUUCCUAAUUUUAAGUCUGCUCAUUCCACGUUUUAUAAACUAUGCAAUGACACACAAAAAGGAACCUCCCUUUUUUAAUGAAGAUAAAGAUGGAUCGCUGCUCUGCAAGGGACCUUUCACAAUGGAACUCUUCAUUGAAACUUUGACAGGAACCUGCUUUGAGCUCAGAGUCUCACCCUUUGAAACCGUGGCCUGUGUUAAAGCAAAAAUUCAGAGGCUGGAAGGUAUUCCAAUAACCCAACAACACUUAAUAUGGAAUAAUAUCGAUCUCAAGGAUGAUGUUUGCCUAAAUGAAUAUAUGAUCUCAGAAGGCUGUACAUUGAAGUUGGUGUUGGCAAUGAGAGCAGGCCCAAUUAACACUCGCAGAGUCCCUCUGGAGGAUCCGAUCAGAGAGCUGGCUGAAUUUGUGGAUCCCGUACAAGAUGAUGAGAUACCAGAAAAGCUCUCCUCUAAUAAGCAGGUUACAUUUUUGGUAUACCGUGAUGGAGAUCAGAUGAAUUUCUUUCGCGUGGUGGACAAAAGGAAUGGCGCUUUAACUCCGUUAUCAGAAUCUCUAAGUGGAGGUUCGGCCAAUAACUUGUACGCCGAAGAUGAGGAUGAAAUUGAGGCUUCUCCAUCUGCUGAUCAAAUAAUAGAUAAUUCAAUCACUAGGAUCAAAAUGAAGUUGUUGAAAUCAAAGAUGGAGAGCAUGGACCUCAAUAAAAAGCUGAGGAGAUCUGCAAUCUUAAGACCACGACCCCCUAUGGCUCCACGUCCCUCAAGUGGUUCAAUGGUAUCUGGUCGUCAGAGGCUGUUAAAAGUCCUUCCGCACAUUGGACAGACGCGCCUACCUCCUGGGAACCUACAUGCUUCUGAGUCUUCCCACAAUGCACUUUCUAUUCUAACUGCUGCUGCUGCUAAUACUCUAACUGAGACUGCUGGUGAUGAUCUUAAGGAAGUGGAGACCUUGGAAAGUUCAGCAGUGAUUUCGUCACUUGCGAGUAUUGCCUUCCCCCCCAAAGUAUCCCCGAUAGAACUUGAAAAUGCCCGACUUUCGACAAAAAACGUCAUCCCCCAUAUUAAUUCCUUACCUAAAAAAGAUAUAUUGAAAAAAGAUAAUGACUCAAUCUUGCAUUCAAAUCUAAACCUAAUUUCUUCUGAAGAAACUUCUAGAUCAGGCACAGAGUGCUUUUCACUGUUAACAGAUGUGGGACCUUCAGAGCAGUAUGAGGAACUGUGCAGUUUGGGGAAGGUAAAGUCAGAAUUUGAACUGGCUGAAACAGAAAAAGAGGCUCCCACCAUUGAGACCCACCAAGCCUCAGUCCCAAAUGCUCUAAACUCUGAUUUGAUGGAGACUGGGAUUAUUAAUGCCACAGAAGUGAGUCCUCCAAGGAACAAAUUUCUGUCCCCCAUUCACUUUUAUAGCCCAAUCAAUGAUAAUGUCUUCCCAAAAACACAGAGACAGCCCAAAUGCUUUGAUUUAGGGGCCUUGAGGCCACCUGCUUCACACAAUCUUUUCCAUUCUCUGCAGCUCCGAAGCAUGGCUGAUCCCACUUUUUCUAGGACGUCUAGAUUUAGAGGGGUAAGAGUGGAAUCUCCAAGAAAGAGAUCCAGUGCGGUUACGAAAGUGGAAGCUAGUGACGUGACUGAGGUAGCCAGCAAAUCGUCACAGGAACCUGUGGGCUCACUUAACAACCUGAGACUUUUUGCUUCGCUGGCUCGAAGUGGAAGCAGGGAAAACUCCAGAUUCCGCACUCUUGUUGCUCCUUCAGCUUAUCUUCAGAAUGAGAAAGUUGCCUCACUUACUGACAAAGGCGCCAUCUUCAUUACUUCUCAUGGACUUGGAGAGAGCGAGGCCAGUGCAGAUUUUGGAAAGAAAAUGGUUGAAGCAACACAUCUUUUUCCUCCUGUAAAGCCGCCCUUUCGCAAUAAGAAGAAAACGACUAAGCACUGUUUCCUGUGUCGUAAAAGAACCAAUUUGGCAACAAGCUUCGAGUGCAGGUGUGGAAAUAACUUUUGUGCCACCCAUCGAUACGCAGAAACUCACAACUGUACAUAUGAUUACAAGACUGCAGGAAGAAGACAUCUGCAGGAAGCAAACCCUGUUGUGACGGCACCAAAACUCCCCAAAAUUUAACUGUGCACGCUGUAUAAGCCACUCCUCCUUCUAUCUGCUAGUCACACAAUUAUUAUGUUUCUUUCAAUAAAUUUUUAUUGGUUUUGGUUACUGA